CUUUCAUGGUGGAACUUCCCUCCAAAAAAACUAUCGUUCAUCAUAAAUCACCAAUCUUUAAGCAGCCCCAGUUGCGCUUGCGCAGUAUACAAAAAUAUUUGGAUUUACGGAUAGUGUCUUCUUUGGAGUAAAAAGGGUGGAAUCCUUCAUCUACACUUAGCUACUAGGUUCUCAUCAGCUGCCCAACUCCACCAUGGAAGAAGCGUCACUCUCCUCCUUCACCACCACUACCCCUUGGAACCGAUGGCGCCACCACCUCCGCCUCAAGACCACCCUCUGCGCCGAACUCUCCGGCGCAGUCGGCGACCUCGGCACCUACAUCCCCAUCGUCCUGGCCCUCACCUUAGUCUCCCACCUUGACCUCAGCACCACCCUCAUCUUCACCUCCCUCUACAACUUCGCCACCGGCCUCCUCUUCGGCAUCCCCAUGCCCGUCCAGCCCAUGAAGUCCAUCGCCGCCGUCGCCAUCUCCGAGUCCCCACACCUCACCCUCCCCCAGAUCGCCGCCGCCGGCCUUUCCACCGCUGCCGUCCUCCUCCUCCUCGGCGCCACCGGUCUCAUGUCGUUCCUCUACCGCUUCAUCCCGUUGCCCGUCGUCCGCGGCGUCCAGCUCUCCCAGGGCCUGGCCUUCGCCUUCUCCGCCAUCAAAUACAUCAGAUUCGAACAAGACCUCGCCGCCUCCAAGUCUGGCUCCUCCCGCCCCUGGCUCGGCCUCGACGGCCUUAUCGUCGCCCUAAGCGCGCUGCUGUUUCUUAUCCUCACCACCGGCUCCGGCGAUCACUCCGAUCAAACGCAACACACGGUCGGUUCAUUGCCGCUUUCUCAAUCUCGUCUCCGCAGAAGGUUAAAGAUCCUCUCGGCCAUUCCUGCGGCUCUGAUAGUCUUCUUAUUCGGGUUAGUCCUCUGCUUUAUCCGCGACACUUCCAUUUUCAGCGACCUCAAAUUCGGCCCCUCCAAAAUCCAAGUGCUCAAAAUCACAUGGGAGGAUUGGAAAAUCGGGUUUCUCCGCGGAGCAAUUCCGCAAAUCCCCUUAUCGAUUUUGAACUCUGUGAUUGCGGUUUGCAAACUAUCAGGUGAUUUGUUCCCGGAUCGGGAAGCUUCGGCCAGGACUGUUUCGAUCAGUGUUGGCAUCAUGAACUUUGUUGGGUGCUGGUUCGGGGCAAUGCCGGUGUGCCAUGGAGCCGGUGGGCUAGCCGGGCAGUACCGAUUCGGGGGCCGGAGUGGCUCUUCUGUUGUGUUCUUGGGGAUUGGUAAACUGGUGCUUGCUUUGGUGUUUGGGAAUUCAUUUGUGAUUAUUUUGAAUCAGUUUCCAAUUGGGAUUCUUGGGGUGCUUUUGCUAUUUGCUGGGAUUGAACUGGCUAUGGCGUCCAAGGACAUGAAUACGAAAGAGGAAUCGUUUGUGAUGUUGGUCUGUGCUGCGGUUUCGUUGACGGGGUCUAGCUCUGCGCUGGGGUUUGGGUGUGGGAUUGUGCUGUUCUUGGUGCUCAAGUUGAGGCAGAUGGAGUUUUCUACUUCUGGGUUUGGAUCUCCCAAACUGAAAUCGGAAUCGGCCAUAGCUGAUGCAACUACUAGCUUGAUUCCUUAAGAUUAGACCUGAUAUUGCAACUGAAGGUCUUCAAUACCGUGUUGGAUACAUUAUAGUUCUAGCUGCUAUGCAUUCUUCGUCUAUAGUAUAGUGCAAAACCAAUGGAGCUUGGAGCUUUCCUAUGUGUUAACUAUCAGCCUUGAAUGUGCCUCGUUGCCUCAAUUGGGCAUAGUUGUAUAUAUUGAAGGAUUUAAGUAGUAAAUGCAAUAUCAUGAUUGAUGUUUCCAAAC